AUGGCGCAAAAAAUCAUUGUUUUCGUCACCGGUAAUGCGAACAAGUUGAGGGAAUUCAAUCAAAUUUUAGGUGCUGGAGAAGAGGCUCCGUUCAGGGUUGAGGGCAGACGAUUAGAUCUUCCGGAAGUCCAAGGAACGACGCAGGAGGUAUCAAGAGAGAAAUGCAAACGCGCCACUGAGUUGGUAGGUGGCCCUGUCAUUGUUGAGGAUACGGCACUGUGCUAUGAUGCGCUUGGUGGGCUUCCUGGCCCAUAUAUUAAAUGGUUUAUGAAAACGUUGGGACAUGACGGUUUAAAUACACUGCUAGACGGCUUCCCCACCCGCACAGCCCAUGCGCUUUGCACUUUCGCUUACAGUCCGGGACUAAAUAGGGAUGAUCCUGAGGCUGAACCAGAAAUACAUAUUUUCGAAGGGAGGACCGAAGGAACGAUCGUUCCCCCAAGAGGCCCUGCCAACUUUGGGUGGGAUCCUGUCUUCGAAGUGAAAGGCGUGGGACAAACUUACGCUGAAAUGGACCCGGUCGAAAAGAAUAAGAUCUCGCAUCGGUACAAAGCCAUUCAAGCUCUUAGAGAGUAUCUUUUAGAACAUCCACCCCAGUAA